UUCAGCAGUUUUGUUCUCCCAACCGCCUGCUGGAGUAAUCCGUCCAGAGGUUUUAGUAUUGUGUCGAUCUGCUUUCUGGCUGGUUGUGUGUCAGCUUAUUUCUCGAAUCAUUUCAUUUGCAAGUCAUUCGUCAUGCGUUUAGUGGUUGCGGUUUUGGCAGUGAUGCUCAUCAUCGGGCUCGCACAGGCUAUUCCUGCCAAGGAAAAACCAACGGCCAAGUGCAAUGCGGCAUGCACUGAUGAUUACACCCCGGUGUGCGGCGGGGUAAAGGGCAGCAAGGACAAACCCAUCAGUUUUGGAAAUGAAUGCGUUAUGCAAAAGUACAAUUGCGAGAACAAAAAGAGCUUGACUGUGCUCUCUCAAGGUGAAUGUCCCGGAGGCGGCGGUGUGAGAUUGCAGUAAAGAAGGAAACGAAGCACAUUGAUUGAUUAUGCUUGACUUUUGCCUCACGCAAUUUUGCAAAUGUAUCAAAAAGGCGACAACAAAUAAAAUAUUUUCGUUUUA